GUGAAAAACAGAAAGACACGCGUGGAAAAUGCGCGUCAAAACGCUCCGGCGCUCAAAAUUUGGAUUUUCCAAACGCCGAAGGUUUCCGCAGAGUUCUAUUUCGACGCCGGCGGGCGCGGGAUGGACCGACUGCUCCACGGCCGCUUCGCGGAAGAGAUGGAAGACUGGUCCGGCGACUUUGCGCUCUCGAUGGACCCGCGACCGACCAUCGCACCAACCAAGACGACGAGCAACGAUGAGGACGAGGACGAGGAUGACAUUGAAGACUGGGACAAGGAGCUCACAUGCACGACGCUCGACUAUGAUGGGUAUGCAUCCCAGCGCGAAGAGAACAACUCGUUCUUCCGAUCGCUGCUGCCCAACGUCGACCUCCUCGGGGCGCCGCCCGCGCCUCUUGACGACCGCCUCGCGCCGAGCUCGCCCGACGCCAAGCGUGCGACGCUGACCGCUCCAUGCUUACCCGACUCUCAGAAGCUUCUCGAGAAUGCGCACGCGUGCUUCCGCAACGCGCCGAGUGGGCCGCCGCCGCUGGCCGCGGUGCGCGCGACGCCGCUCUUGACUCUCGAGGCCGACGGUUUUCCCGCGUUCAACGAAGCCCAGCUCCACGACUGGCUCCAGAACAUCGUCCAGACCAAAGACGAAGCAGCGUUGGCCGAAGAAGCUCCGUGGUUGACGCCGUGCGACAGCGAGAUCUUCCUGCACGCCAAGGGUGGCAUCGCGGCCAUGCGCCUCUCGCACGCCACCUUUGGCGCGCGCCUCUCCCAUUGCAUCCGCCGGCGUCGCGUGCUUGACGCGAAAAAGCUUCUGGAAGGCUACUUCCGCGACCUUGAGCUCGAGUCGUCUCUCCUUGUGGGGUGCGACGCCGAUGCGUACAUCCUUGGCGGCUGGAGCAUGGAGUUCUUACAGCUCGCGAUCGAAGCGCUGCUGCCGAAUGAGAACCACCUCCUCUUUGCCGAGUAUGCGGCCAUCUGUGGCCGGCUCUACCCUGCGUGGCACGCUAUCUGGGCGCUACUCGAGUGCCGGUACGUGCUGCACCACUGGGCCUUCUACGAGGGCGCCACGUAUGCAUGGCAGAUCGACCUCGUUCUCGACACAAGCGUCGCGCUGCCGAUCGAACAUGGCCUCGGGCGGACCGUCGCCCUGCGGUAUCUCGCGCUCUUGGCGGUCGCCGACGAUCCGACGUCCUUACCAAUCACAGUGGCGCUGGACAUGGGACUGCUGAGUCUGGGCACGAGCUCGACGGCGAUCCAAGUGGCCGUCCUCUGCGACGUCCAAGCCAUGGCCGACCGCCGCAGUCCGCUGUACGACACGCCGAUACCAAGCAUUUUUAGCGACGACCUGCCACCCGUACUACACGCGAGUGACGCGCCGUCGUCAAUGCAGUUGCUCGAACAAGACGGCGUCCACCGGCUCGAGUGGCUCGAGAGUCUCUACGCGCGUCUUGAGAUGCCCCACGAUAUUUUGCUCAAGGCCAAGUGCGCACAUGUGCUCGGGCGGUCCAUGCUGCAUUCGACGCCGACCCUCUGCGAAGCGCUCGCGAUGGAAGGCCUCCGGCUCCUCGACGUCGGGUACGGCCUCGCCUUCCUCCACGGACCGUCCCAGCGGCAGGGCGUCCUCGGUCCGUUUGGCCGCGACACGCUCGAGCUCCUCGGCGCGGCCAUGCAGCACAACAAGAAGUACCCGUUCGCGAUCGCAGCGUACGAGAGCGCGGCUCGCGUCUACUGCUUUGAGUUUGUCAACCGCCGCGGGUACGAGAAGCUCGAUCGGCUCUGCUCGAGCGUCUGCUUGCACGAAGGCGACCUCGACCGCGCGCUCGUCUACCACGACCGCGUCCUCCAGUGGACAAAAGAGCUCGAGAACUGCCACGAGUUUGUCUACAUCGUGCAAAUGAUCACCGGCAUUUUGCUCCAGCAGUGCCAGUUCCAGGUCGCGGAGACGCGACUCGCCGCCGCGUUCGUCGCCCUCCAGGACCCGACGGUGCCCAACUUGCCGCCGCCGUGCCUCUCGCCAUUGCCGCCGCGCUGCUUCCACUUCAAGCUCCAGCACGACCUUGACGGCUGGCUGCAGCACAUGAUCUCGCUGCACUUGUGUCUCCGCGACGUGUACCGCGCGACGGGCCGCUGGCAAGAUGCGCUCGCUGUGCUCCAGUACCUCCUCGCGUAUGAGACCACGUACCGCAUCAAGCUGCCCCGCGGCAAGCGCGUCGCGCUCACCCUCCUCGUCGCGGAAGACGCGCUCAAGAUGCGCCAGCUCGAGCUCUGUCUCUCGAUGCUGCGGACGAUCGAGGCCGAGGCCACCGACGCCAAGGACCACCGGUACGCGCUCGAGAUUAUGGGCUCCUUCCGCUACAUUCGGUGUCGCUUCCGGUGCUACUUGUACAAGGCGCAGUGCCACCGCGCGAGCUUCUGGCUUGGCCUCGCGACCGCCAAGGCCAGCACAGUGCGCGAACAGGCCGACGUCGCGCUCUACGGUGCGCGGUGCCUCUUUGCCUUGCACGCGCGGUCGCUCAAAGAGUCGGUGGGCCUCUUGCGCGCCAGCAGCUCGCGCUGGAGCACGCCGGCCGACGGACCGAUGCUGCGGCUGCUCACGGCGCACGAGCAGCGCGCCUUCCAGACGUACAUGGAGCACCAUUGGACGCUCGCCGGCUCGUACGCCGACGAAGCGGUCAGCCGCGUAUGGACGGCGCUUGAUCUCUACCGCACGCUCAACGACAGCGCGCGGCAGCUCAAGGCGCUCCUCGUGCUCAUCGACGCCUUGAUGGAGGAGCGAUCGUCCGAGGACGUGGCGCCACUCGAGUCGUACAUCAAGCAAGCGCUCGUCUUGGCCGGCGAGACCGCGCGCCCGAUGCACAUGGUGCGGUCCCUCGUCGCAAGCGCCACCGUGCGCUGCUGGAAGGUGGCGACUCCCGCCGUCGACAUCGUCCAGCUCUACGAACAGGCGCUGCUCCUUCUCCAAGCAGUGUUUCUGCGAAAAACAACGUCGGUCGAGACGCCGUGGCAACCGCUGCUGCCCUUCGCUCCGAGCGUCUUGGCGCAGCUCGAGCGCGUCGUGGCGUCGCUCUUGGUGAUUGGCGCGCACCUUGCGCGUCUCGAGUGGUCGGCGCCCUCGGACGUUCUGAGUUUAACCGAUCUCCAGCGGCUCUACUGGAGCGUGAAUGCGACCACGUACUGGACCAACAGCAACGACGUCACGGCGCCAUGUAUGCCCGACACGAUGAUGCUGGCGCCGCGCACCGCCUCGGGGAGUCGCUUGCCGCGCAGCGUGUACUCGCACCAGAAGCAGCUCUCGCUCUCGUCGCUCUCAGACAUGAUGGCGGCGGUGUUUCGUCGACCGAACGACCCGUUCCUCGUGGUGACGGCCGUGCCCGACCCGCCGUUCGCGUACGUGGGGCCGCUGCACGGGCACGGCGGGCUGCAGAUGCCGCAGCCCGACGUCUCCCGCGUCCGGUCCUACUCGGCGCCGGUCGGCCACGAGGGCUCGGCGAGCUCCAAUGCCGAGUGGGACGACACGGACCUCGAGUUGGAAGUUGACGGCGCAGGCUUCUGGCAUGCGUGCUCGCAGGAGCACCGCAAGCACACGAUGGCUCUCGCUACGUCGUACGAAGCGCUCGACGGCGCGUGGGGCGACUGGCACGCAGCCGCGAUCGCCGACCACAAGUACAUGAGCGGCCGCCUCACGCCCGCUGCGUACCGCGUCGCCAACCUCCGCCUUAUCCACGACCUCUCGAGCCGGCAGACCACGCCGUCAUCGGCCUCUUCGUGGCCGCCGACACCAUGGCCGUGGAGUGUCUUGCUUCCGACGGCCACGCAUACGGUGGCGCUCGUCCAGCCGGGCGACGAGCCGCUGCAAGUGACGAGCUUCCGCAGCGCGCACAUUGCCGAUUGGCGGGCGCAGGUGACCAAACUCUGUCUUAACCCGACGCUGUCGUCGCUCGACAUCAGCCGCGUCCUGCGCCUCCUCGGUCCCAAGGUUCUUAUCAAGGUGCUCUCGUCGGUCUUGCUCGAGACGCCUCUCGUUGUUGUGUCGUCGUCCGUGACACUCGUCCACGAAGUGAUCUACGUCCUCCUCUACCUCUUGAAGCCCUUCGAGUGGCACUACCUCGUCGCGCCCUACCUCUCGCUCGCCUCGCUGAGCUCGCUCCUCGAUCUGCUUCGCCUCUACACGCAGCACAAGACGCCGACAACGUCCGAGCCGCCGUUCAUCGUCGGCGUCUCGCUCGACACGUGGCGCGAGUGCGCGUACCAGCUCUCGCGCUGGCCGCUCGCCAAGGCUUGUAGCGGCUGCAUCAGCGUCCUCCACGUCGACACCGACGUCCCGAGCGUGUUCCAGAAGGCCUCCAACCCUGCGUUUGCCGUGCACCUGCCGUCCAAGCUGCGCAAGCUCGUGGUCGAAGCGGCGGUGACGAACGAGCCGUCGCACGUCAUGGCGGCCAUCGACCGCGUGUACGACAUUGUGUUGCGCAGCUGCCAGAAGACCCACUCGUUCAAGCAGUGGUUCCGCCUCGAGAACCUCGAGUUCGUCAAGCUCUUCCAGCUCACGUGGACGUACCAGUCGUACCUCAAGACAACGGCCGAGUCAGUGUGAUGAGACGCGAACGAAGCACAUUAAGUUAUAACUCGUCGUCGAAUUUACAUGGUGAGCUCCA